AUGUCUCUGAAGAUGGGCAGAGUGGUGGCUGUGGCUGUGGCUGUGUGGGUGGCUGUGGUGGCUGGCUGCAGCGGGGCGCAGGCGGCGUGCGACACGGCGGCACCGUCAACGGCGAGCAACACGGGAGUGACGGCCGGCAACGCGCUGGUGGGCUUCCUUCCGUACGCACGCGGGAGUGGAGUCGGGCGGUACUCGUUCCCGCACUCGAUGGAGUACUCGUACCUGGCGCUGAAGGACGUGGUGGUGGGCGAGGGUGUGUACCAGUGGUCGGUCCUCGACGGGCUGCUGGCCGAUGCCGCCGGGCGAGGCAACCAGCUCGUCUUCCGCCUCUAUCUCGACUACCCAGACUGCUGCGCAGCAGGCGGCGGGUACGAGACCGCCGUGCCGGACUAUCUCCUCUCGCCGCCGUCGCCGGUCACCUUUACUCCCUACUCGGAGUACGGCGGCGGGCAGUCGCCCGACUACGGCAAUCAGCGCCUGGUCGACGCCAUGACCGGCGCCAUCGCUGCCAUGGGCGCGCGGUACGAUGGCGACAGCCGCAUCGCCUUUAUCAUGGUUGGCCUGCUCGGCUACUGGGGUGAGUGGCACACUUACCCAAACACAGCCCAGAUGGCUCCGCAGGCCACACAGCUCGCUGUGUGGCAGGCCUACGACUCCGCCUUUGCGACCACCCGUGUCGUCGUCUCCUCCGACCAGCUCGAUCAGUGGCAGGCAUCGGACCCGCCGCCACUCAUUCCGUCGACCUCGCUCGGCUGGCACGAUGACAACUUUGGCGUUGGCACGUACUCGGCCUCGAACCCGCAGAGCUGGUACACUUACGAUCGCAUGGCGGCCCGCGGCAUCGCCGACCGCUACCUCGUCGCGCCCAUGGGCGGCGAGGUCCAGCCCUCGGUCCAGCCCAACAUUUUCCGCAACUCGUACUCGGGCCACCCGUUCCUGCCGUCGGCCCAGUCGCUGCGCUUCUCGUGGCUCCUGUAUCACUGGCUGUUUGAGAAUCCGAGCGCAGACGACGGCCGCGGCGCAAACGCCCUCGCCGCCGUCACCGAGCUCGGCUACCGCUUUGUCAUCUCCAACGUCGACGCUGACCCGUGCAGCUCACCCUCUCCUUCGCCCUGCCUCCGGCUGGCGGUCACCGUCGACUCGAUCGGGCUCGCCCCGUCGUACUACGACCUCGUGGUCGUCGCUUCAAUCGACGGCGAGUCCGCAACAUCUUCGUUUUCGCUGCCAGCCGCCUCAACUGUCCCGGGCUCGAGCCCAGUUGUCGUUGGUGAGAUCGCCUGGUCCGGCACCGUCGGCUCUUCGGUCGGCGUCACGCUCUCGCUCCACUCGCCGCACAUUCUUCCCUCGCAGACCAUUGCGCUUGCGCAGCUCUCGGGUGUUCCCGCCGCCGCCGCCAUCGCCAUCGCCAUCGCCGCCACCGCCAUCGCCGCCACCGCCAUCGCCGCCACCGCCAUCGCCAUCGCCGCCACCGCCAUCGCCACCACCUGGCACCCCACCCAUGUCGCCACCGCCAUCGCCAUCGCCAUCGCCGCCGCCACCAUCGCCAUCGCCAUCGCCGCCACCGCCAUCGCCACCACCUGGCACACCACUCAUAUUGCACCGUCCAACUCGCCGUCGCCGUCUCCGAUUCUAGAUCAGCCAAUGUGGAUGUACGGUGCUGCUGGUGGUGGUCUUCUUCUCUGCAUUGUCGCCGUCAUCGCGGCCGUCGUCAUUCGCAGACGCCGCGCGUCGUCGCCCAGCGACUUUUACCACUUUGGCGAGGCUGGCGGCUCGGACGUCCGCAUCAUCGGCAGCGCCCCGCCACCCCUUGCUCUUGACACUCUGGCAUCGCACCCACCCUCGCGCCCUGCACCACUCCCGCCACAGGCCAAACCGUAG